GCAGAAGCCAAUAGGAGUUUUCCCUGUUUCGCCCCAUUUUAAUUCGCCCUAGUAUUGCUAUGGUUUGGAGAUUCUCAUGUCUCAACACUCAACACUUCCACUUUGUUGUGUUGCUAUUAAUUUUCUGAAUUCUAGUCUGUUUUUAGCAAACCAAAAAAGGAUCAACAAUUCCAUUCGUUAUUGCAAGUCGCAAACAGAUCUGCCAUGGAUGAGCAAAUAGUCGCACGAAUUCUAGUCUGUUUGCCUCCGAAAUCAGUUUACAGAUUCAGGGCCGUAUCGAAAUCAUGGAACGAUUUGAUUUCUCACCCAUUUUUCAUCCAGAGAUACGGCAGACAGCAGCGGCCUGGCGGCGGUCUUGGGAUGUUGUUCGGCUUUUGUGAUUCUACGCUGCCCAGUCUAUCCUCCCAACAUCCGAAAUCAAAUCUGAAAUCUGUGAUAAAGAUACUCCCUCUUGAUAUUCCCAGCGGUAGAAUAAUCGAAUGCAAGCCUCAAGAACAAAAACUAGGGUUGUUCAUCAAUUCUUCUAAUGGUUUGAUCCUCUGCUGCGAUACUCACUAUCAGCCUGACACUAGACUCCUUGGCGAGUUCCGCGUUGUGAACCCCUUCACGAAAAGAUCGGUCUCCUUACCUCCUCCACCGUCGCUGCCCGUAAAUAGAUACGUUUCCAUCGGGUUAAUGUGUGAAGACAACGAAAGUGAACUGUCAGCCAAGUACAUUGUCAUCCGAACUGAUUGUCUAUUCGUUCAACGCGAAAAGGAUUCUUUGCGGAUCGUGACUUACUCUUCCAACACCGGCUUAUGGGCCCCCACCAAACCGAAAGUGAUCACCACCGGCGACCCUCACUCAGUGUUUCUUAAAUUUCCCUUAGUCAUGAACAGUGUUUUCCACUGGUACAUAUACUCUGACAAAUUAACACUAGCACUUUACCGUCCCGGCCCUGAAGAGGUCAUCCACAUCCGUGGCUACGACGGAAUUAUUAAUGACAAUCACACCUUCUCAGCUAUGACGAGGUCAUCCAUCGACGACGGUGACACGCUAUGGUUCGGGUGCAUGGAACACGAAACCAUGAGAGUUUUUAUGCUCCAAAAUGGCAAUGAAGAUGGCCGGUCUAUUGUGUUAAGUAAUCAAGAAUGGGUACUGAAGUACGUAAUUAGUCGAGAUUGUUUCUGGAGCGAGUUAGUCUUGUUGUCAGCGCCGGGUAUUUUCUUAGAAGGGUUGCUUCCUAUUAAGAACAAGAAGGCUCCUGUUGCUCUAAUUCGUUUUCAAGGACAUAUACAGGGUAUGGUAUUUCUUUACAACUUGGACACUGACUCAUUGCAAUCAGUACCAUAUCAUGGACCGUCGCCUACCUCCGAGCACUGGAAUGGAUACCACUAUAUUAAGAAUUUUCGGGCUGUAUAUCCUUACUUAGAAGCUUCUUUUCUAUCUAGUUUUGCUCUUUAGUUAGUUACUACACACUUUUUUAGUCAUUUUUUACAUUAUCUAAUUUGAAUUUCAACUUGUAAUCAAUUCUAUUUGACUUUUCUGAUUCAUUAAGUAUAUACAGUUCUAUUACUUGUCAA